UUUCCUUCAAUCGAAAUCCGCUUUCCUUCCCUCCGCUCUCGACAGGGGAGGUCUGAAGCUGCAGAACCCUCCCCCUCCCUGAAACCCCGGGCCCUUGGUCGGCGUCUGGUAUCGGGUCAUUUGGGAGCUGCUUUCCCGCACCGCCGGUAGCACAUGACGCGGGCUCCGCCGAUGGUGGUGCACAGCGCCGAGCGCUCCCCGUCGGUGCGACAUCAUCCCUGCGGUGAAGUAGCAUCGCUGGCUAACGUCAGCUAACAACACCGAUCCUCUUUGCUGCUCCACCCCCUCUCCUCCUGGUCAGCCCCCGCUACCGAUCCGUCACAUCAGUAGUGGAUUGAUAACUAAAACAGGACCACCGAGGGCAAACCCCCCUCGACGACCUUCUAUUGACUAGCGCAGGAAGCCCACUCUUUCUCAACAAACGAGUCGGAGUAAGGACCGUGUAGCUAGUUCAGUUUUAACCCUCAUAUUCAGACAAACGACCUUUCCUUUCGCUCUGUGGCCUUUAGGGAUCCGUUUAUUCUCUACCUCAUCACCCCGAUGCCUAUUAUUCUAGUUAUUGUGUAACUUCAGCUGCCCUGUCAACCCAGUUCUGAUCACCCCCCCACCCCCACCCCCCCGACACCUCCUGCUCUCACAGUCCGACCAGCGAGCGCUUCUUCAUGGGCACCGACUGCAGUGACUCCCAGCCGACAUCUCCACUUCACUCUCUUUUACUCUUCACUUCUUCUCAGUUCAGCUGCGCUGUGAAACUGGCUGACUGGCCUUUUAAACUGACCACCUUAAUAAAUUAAACUACCAGUCCCUUAAAACUGCGACCCCCCCCCUGCCCCCCCUGCCCCCCCUGCCCCAGCACAUCUCCUAAACAAACUCCCACAGCGCGCCCGGGUCUCGCCAUGCCGGGUCCGGUGGCCGGAAGCAAAUCCCGUGUGUACGCAGAUGUCAACACGCUGAAAAGCCGGGAGUACUGGGACUACGAGGCCCAUGUACCCAACUGGAACAACCAGGAGGACUACCAGCUGGUUCGUAAGCUGGGCAGGGGAAAGUACAGUGAAGUCUUUGAAGCAAUCAACAUCACCAACAAUGACAAGGUGGUUGUCAAGAUCCUAAAGCCAGUCAAGAAGAAGAAGAUCAAGCGAGAGAUCAAGAUACUGGAAAACCUCAGAGGGGGUACCAACAUAAUUCGACUGGUGGACACAGUCAAGGACCCAGUGUCCAGAACUCCUGCGCUCAUCUUUGAAUGCAUCAAUAACACAGAUUUUAAGGAGUUGUACCAGAAGUUAACAGAUUAUGAUAUCCGUUUCUAUAUGUAUGAACUACUAAAGGCUCUUGACUAUUGUCACAGUAUGGGAAUCAUGCACCGUGAUGUUAAACCCCACAACGUUAUGAUUGACCACCAGUUGAGAAAGCUGCGCCUUAUAGACUGGGGUUUGGCAGAGUUUUACCAUCCAUCCCAGGAGUACAACGUCAGAGUGGCAUCACGAUACUUCAAAGGCCCAGAACUUCUGGUGGACUACCAGAUGUAUGAUUACAGUCUAGACAUGUGGAGCUUGGGCUGUAUGCUGGCCAGUAUGAUUUUUCAGAAAGAGCCCUUUUUCCAUGGACAGGACAACUAUGACCAGCUGGUGCGAAUUGCCAAGGUCCUAGGGACAGACGAGUUGUUUGGCUACCUACGUAAAUACCAUAUUGAACUUGACCCACGCUUCAAAGACCUGUUGGGACAGCAGAGCAGGAAACGCUGGGAGCAGUUUGUGCAGACAGAAAAUCAGCAUUUGGUGAGUCCUGAAGCCUUGGACCUUCUGGACAAGCUGCUACGUUACGACCAUCAACAGAGAUUGACGGCCACAGAGGCCAUGGAGCAUCCAUACUUCUGUAAGCAAGACACAAACUGCAACACAACAAAUAGAGGGCACAGACAAAGACCCAGUAAUAAAGGAGCAGUCUCUGUCAAACUCUGACAACAACAUGGUUUCCAGUGGCAACACUACUGCACGAUGAAACAGGAGUGGAAGAAGAAGGAUGUUUGUUACCUCAACUUUUUACAUGGUUGUGACAGUAACUCUAAAUGUACAGUGACAAUGGAUCAAAGUAACUCUGACCAGUUACUGACUCAAAGAUACGUGCAUACGGAUACACAAAUCUAUACAAACAAAACUCACAGAUCAUGCAAGCACACCCUUUCUACAAACACACAUGCAGACAAGUAUACAUAUACCCUCCUCUGUAUCAGUUUGCAAUUGGCUUGUCCUUUUUUCAUGUCUAAUACCCUGAAUAAUGAUUUUGAAGCUGCUUCCUUUUCUUUUGCAAACUAUUUCAAUCCCAGAUCAGUUGCAAGCAGGAUGAAAAGGACAAACUGCUUUUAAGGACAAUUUACUCUCUGUCAUAACUUCUCCUCCCCUCUUUGUUUUGCAUCAGCAUGGAGAAUGAAAAGGAGUGUAAGUCUGUAGAAGUCUCUUCCCUUCCCUUAUUUCUGUACUCCCACCUGUUUAUUCAUGGGUAUGUCUGUCUCCUCUCCAUCCUUCCAUUCUGACCCUCAGACAGACAGACAAUCUUAGCACUACUCCAGUUCUGAAAGUGGCAUGGUGGACUUUAAAUAGAAGGAUGAUAAUACUUAUAAUAUUAAUGACAAAUAAAUGAUUUUUAUUUAGAUGAACUCUGCCUGUGUCUAAAUUGAAUUUUGGUUGGUGGUGGUGGGAAUUACUGAGCUGUAUAGGACAACCUGGGAUCCGGGCCCCCUCGGGGGGACAUAUUGAUAAAAAUCUUGAAAAGAACACUUGGUGCAAAUGUCUUCCAGUAAGAACAAGUGUGUGUGUAUAUACCUAUUCUGAUUAAAAUGUUAUCAAUAAAAACUAUAAUUUUU